UAGGAGCGAGAUGGCAUCCUUCAUAUUAAUCAUAGACAGUACUUUGUAUCUCACAAUACUCAGGUCGUAGGUGGACCUUCCACACACACAGUAAACACCGGAUCAAGGCACGAUCUAGCAAAUGAAAACGAUCGCUUCGCGAUGCAGCAGACUGCUGCAUGGAAAGCUUUCCCUAAUGAAAGCACCGGAUGCAUCCGUAUGUGCGGUGACCACAUCUGCAGUGGAGCGCCUGCGUAUUGGUUACGAGGACAGAGGAAAGUGGGCGUUUCCUCUACUUGGCUUUGCUGGCCUGGCGCUGGGCUGCAGUGCUGCUGCUUGCGAGGCAGAUCCGGAUGCCCUUGCGGCAAAGGACAGGCUCAGCAUACUGCAAGCAUGGGAGGCUGUUGAUCAGGACUUGCACAGGGAUGAGGCAGUCCUCCCCUUACGACACAUAGCCUCACGGCCUACACCACCCACUGUGAGGUGCUCACCUGGUCAGCUUGUCGUGCGCUUCCCUGUCCGCCAGGGAGUGGACCUCUACUCGGUCAUGAAUGAGAUCGCAAGCGCCUUCACCAGCAAGUGCACCCCCGGCGAGGAGGGUAACAGCCACGUAGUAUCCAAGAUCACGGAGGACGACGCCUGGCACGUGUUCCACUUUGAGUGCGAUGCUCCGGGCGGCCCAGCGCAUGGUCUGCAGGCCAGGGUGCUGGCACCCAAGCGCCGCCACGGCAGCGCAGAGGUGGAGUUCCAGACGCAGGGUUCCCUGACCGACACUGAACUGGACAUCAUCACUGCCGCCAUGCGCGCCGCCAACGCUUUCGUCAACAAGGUGGAGCAGGGCUACAACACAGUGGACGUGUGGGGGAGUGAGAUGAACGAGGUGCGCGAGGGUGUUGCCGGCCUUUUCAGGGAGCUGGAAAGGAGCUUCAGCUUUGGCAUCGGCAUGCUGCCUGGCAUUGAGCGGCACAUGGCGCGCGAGAUGCAGCGGAUCUUCGACACCGGGGAGACUGGCGAGGCUCUCCCUGCACCGAGGCAGAGCAUUCCAAUAGGGCCGCAGGAGCACAGCGCAGCGCAGGCCAAGACAGCCGGGGAGGAUGCCAACAAAGGCUAUGGCAGCGCCGAGGCAGCCGAAGCCGCCGACCGCCUGCUGCAGCUGGGAGUGACGGAGCCUGACGGGUAUCUUAUUUUCUUCCGCACAGGCUAUGAGGAUGAGAAGAGGACGAUUGAGGAUACGGUGCUGCUGGCGUUACUGCACCCGGAGGUGUAUGAUGAGGUGGCCAAGGGCACAAGGCAGCGCGAGGCCGGCAGCACCCGACCGCGCGCUGUGCUCUUCCAGGGUCCGCCGGGUUGCGGCAAAACCACCAGUGCAAAGGUCAUUGCAUCGCAAGCGGCUGUUCCCCUGGUGUACGUGCCAUUGGAGGCCGUGGCGUCCAAGUGGUACGGCGAGUCUGAGCGCAACCUGUCGGAGAUCUUCAAGGCGGCAGAGGACCUUGGGGGUGCCAUCAUCUUCCUGGACGAGAUUGACUCCCUGGCCACCCAACGCAGCUCGGAGAUGCACGAGGCGACGCGGCGGCUGCUGGGGGUGCUGCUGCGGCAGAUGGACGGGUUUGGGCCGCAGUCCAAGAGCGUCAUCAUUGGAGCCACCAAUCGCCGCCAGGACCUCGACCCCGCCCUCCUCUCCCGUUUCGAUGCCGCCGUCGACUUUGGCUACCCCGACCAGCAGCAGCAGAUCCUGAAGCAGCUUGCGCGCCACCUGAGCGACGAUGAGCUGGCCGAGCUUGCAGAGCUGACGGGCACGGGGAACAUCUCUGGCCGCGACCUGCGCGACAUCGCAGAGCAGACAGAACGCGCAUGGGCAUCCAAGAUUGUCCGUGGAGAGAUACCAAAGGGGCAGCUGCCUACUGUGGAGGACUACAAGGAAUUUGUGGCCAGGCGAAUGAAGGAGAAGAAAGGGCCACUUAUGAUCAAGAAUAUCAUGCCCAGCUUCUAUUGAGCAUCGCUGUCUGCUAGCUACGUCAGGAAUUGCUUGCUGGACUUACCCGAUCAGUGAUAUAGGUACCCAUCAACGUGACAUACCAAGCAACCCACUGAAGAACAUUGCCUAUUUGCAAUUCCAAAAGUUGCGAUAAGGGAUAAAAACUGGCUGUCGCAUGUGCAGGCUGCAAGACAACUCGAAAUGGACCAUGAAUAUCAAUAUAUAUGAGCAUGUCAACUGCCUUCUAGGCUAGCAUGCAUGGGCCCAAAAGAGGUGUGACAUGUGUGAUGCCAGGGAAGUUUCCUCAAAAGUAGAAGUGAUGUC